AUGCGGAUCGCGGUUAUUGGUGCUGGUCCUUGUGGUCUUGCAGCUGCAAAGUAUCUUCGCGCCGAAAAAGCUUUCGCCAAUAUUGUAAUUUUCGAACAACGGGAUGAUGUCGGCGGUGUUUGGUACUACACUCCCAACAACACAAUAGACGACAAUUUCUCUAUACCGCAUACAAAACCGAAUACAUCACCUGAAAAGCCUGUCUGUACAAGAAGAACCACUAUUGGUCAUCAUAGUGGUAGCCAUAAAGACGAAGGUAUUUUGGAGUUUCUAUCACCGGCUUACGACCUUCUGGAGACGAAUAUCCCGCACACUUUGAUGAAUUACUCCGACCACAAGUUUCCUCCUCAUACACCAUUGUUUCCCGAACAUGCUGUGGUUAAGGAAUACCUACAAGGAUACGCAGAGGACAUAAGAUCCUUUAUUUCUUUCCAAACACAGGUGGUCAACGUGUCUCCAUUGCAAAUGGCCUCGGGUGAUAAAGGAUGGAAAGUUACUGUCAGAGACAUUCGAACCAACAACGACUCAACACAUCACUUUGACGCUGUUGUAGUUGCCAAUGGUCAUUAUAGCGACCCAUAUUUGCCGGAUAUUCCGGGAAUCGAGCAUUGGAACAAAGUAUACCCAGGUGCAAUAACUCACUCGAAGUUUUAUAGACGACCAGAAGAAUAUCGAGAUAAGAAAGUUGUCAUAGUGGGUAACUCAGCUUCAGGUAUCGAUCUCAGUGUACAAAUCGCCAAUGUAUCUCGUAAACCACUUUUAAUAUCCACAAAGGACUGGGGAGAAACAUUGAGUUCAAGUCCACAGUCAGAACUUGUUCCCGAAAUAGUCGAAUUCAUUCCCAGUGAACGAGCUGAAAUCCGCCUCGCCGACGGCCGCAUUGAGCGCGAUAUUGAUCACGUUGUUUUUUGCACUGGGUAUAUCUACUCAUUCCCAUUUCUUUCUCAGGCGGUAAAUCCCCCCGUUGUCACCGACGGGAAGCGUCCUUGCAACUUAUUCCAACAUAUCUUCUAUUCCCCUCGCCCGACACUGGCUUUCGUUGGAUUACCACAGCGAAUUGUCCCAUUUCCUGUGUCUGAAGCCCAAGCAGCGCUGAUAGCUCGUGUAUUUUCUGGGCGACUUGAACUUCCACCCCUAAAGGAAAUGAUGGAGUGGGAAAUAAAUUGGAUUGCACAUCAUGGGCUGGGGAAAAGCUUUAACAGUCUAGCAUUUCCUCUAGACGCUGAGUAUAUUAAUUUUCUACAUGAUUACAGCCUUCAGGCAAGGCGAAGAGAUGAUCUGGCGAACGACGGAAAAGGGAAAAUUCCCCCUUAUUGGGGCGAAAAGGAGAAAUGGGUGCGAAAAAUGUUCCCAGUGAUCAAAGCGGCUUCGCGAGCGCUCGGAAGUAGAAGACAGGAAAUCACAAGCCUGGAAGCGCUCGGCUUCGACUUUGAAAAAUGGAAAGACGAAGAUGCAGCACUCAAAGCAUCGUUGUGA